AUGAAGGUGUCCUUGGAAAAUUCUCUGCCAUAUUCACCUACAUCUACACUGACUGUGACUCCAGACAGUCCUGUGUUCACUGGAGAGACAGUCACUCUGAAGUGUGUGAUUGAGUCUCACAGUAACUGGAGAUAUGAGUGGUAUAAAGGCACAGACAGUGUAAUGUUACAGACGUCUGAUUGUUACACUGUAAACAGAGACACUCUCACUAUCAGAGAAGCUACUGAGUGUGAUCAGGAUCAGUACACGUGUAGAGGAUGGAUGGAUGGAUGUUCAGUCUCAUCACAAUCAAGCUCCGUUUCUCUCUCUGUGAAGGAUAAACCGCAGCUGACUCUGACUGUAAAACCCCAGAGUUCAGUGUUCACUGGAGACACAGUUACUCUGAGCUGUGAUGUGGGACAGUUAACUGGAUGGACAAUUCACUGGAUUAAAGACUCAAACCCUGAAUCCACGGGUGAUGCAACUAAAACAAUCAAGUCUGUGAGAGUCUCUGAUGGAGGAGUGUACAAGUGUAUAGCACAACGAGGAAACUACUACAGCUACUACAGUAAUGCAGUUACGAUAACAGUAAAAGAGAGACCCAAACCUGUAGUUGAUGUUCAUCCUGAUGGACGUGUGUUCAGAGGAGAGACGGUCACUCUCACAUGUGACACACAGCAGACAGGAGUCUGGCAGUACAGCUGGUAUAAAGACAGAAAACGAGUUUAUAGCCCAAGACAAAACCAGAACUAUAAAAUCCCAUCUGUGGAUUCAUCUCAUAGUGGUGUGUACAGCUGCAGAGGAACUCAGUCACAAGCACCAACAUACUCACAGAUGAGUGACGGAGUUACACUGACAGUAUCAGAUUUACCCAGAUCUACACUGACUGUGACACCAAAGAGUGUGUUCACUGGAGAGACAGUCACUCUGAAGUGUAGACACUCUCACUAUCAGAGGAGCGAAUGA